UGUGAAAACUUAGUCGUGAUGCAAGUGUUUAAAGCGAGCGAACGCCUGCACACGCGGCGCAGUCAUCUACUGAUCACAGCAGACGUCAAUAUGUUUACCCUAAGCGUGGUUGUGUUUUCCUUUCUGGCGUUCACCGCUGCUACUAACGUGCAACAAUGCUCAGAAAAAUCGUUCGAGGGAUUGAAUGAUAGAGUUCAAUUAUCACCAUGCAAGAAAUUGCCCUGUCGUCUUAAGAAGGGAACCAACCAAAAUAUUACAAUCCACUUUACUCCAGAUAAAGAUAUAACAGAAGUUAAAAACCAAGUUUCGGCUGAUGUGGCUGGAAUCUCUGUGCCGUUCAUUGGAGUUGAUGGGCUUCCAAUUUGCCAAAAACUUGAAACUGAAAAUGGAGAAAAAGCAUCAUGUCCUCUACAAGCGGGCACUAAAUACGUUUAUAAGGAUUCCUUCCCCAUACUAGAAUUUUACCCUAAGAUAGAGACCACUGUACAAUGGGCGUUAAAAGAUGGUGAAAAUGAUAUCAUAUGCUUCAAAGUAUCUGUGAAGAUUGUAUAGUUUAUAGAAAUAUUUUGAAGACCACUUUACUUUUUAACGUCGGCUUAUAAUGAUGAGUAACUUAUCUCUUAAAUAUAUCUACCUCGGCUACACAGAUCAAUACC